AUGCUUCGACACCCGUCCUGCUACGAAGCAUCCGAAAUGUCUUCGGCGAUCAAGGAGAUACCUGCUCAGCUGCCCAAGAGCUUUGAACGCUCUGAUGAGCCAUGGCACCACUACUUCAGCAUCGACAUCAUCUGGUAUGUCCUGGGAUACACGUUGUUUCACCCGUUUGUAUCAUGGAUCGUUGUCUUAUGUUUGCGCGCGCAACACACGCCUUAUGGAGCCCCUGAAAUGCGUAUCGCGACAGCCUGGGCCAUUACCAUGACCGCCAUUGGCAUUUUUGGUAUUGUCAGCGACAGAAUUGCGUUUGGCGCCCCAAGAGAAGUGGAUUUGGCUGAAGAGGUUAUAGUCGUCACGGGCGGUGUUGAGGGACUUGGUGGUCUUUUGGCAGAAACAUACGGGAUGCGCAGUGCCAACAUCGCAGUUUUGGACAUCAAAGAGGUAGACGAGGACGAGUCGGAAGCCAAGGGCGUGGUGUACUACAAGUGCGACGUUAGCGAUGCAAAGCAAGUGGAGGCUGCAGCUGCCAAAAUUGCUGAAGAGCUUGGAGCCCCUACCAUCUUGAUCAACAAUGCUGGCAUUGUCCACCCCAAGUCAAUCCUCGACACGACUGCUGAAGACGUGGAACGAACGUUCCGUGUCAACACACUGUCCCACUUCCACACCAUACGUACAUUCCUUCCCUACAUGCUCAAGGAGGGACGAGGCACGAUUGUCACCGUUUCCUCUGUCCUCGGCCACCUCGGCGCGGCCAACCUCUCUGCAUACACCGCCUCCAAAGCCGCACUCCUCGCACUCCACCACUCCCUCCGCGCCGAGCUCGCGCAGAAUCCAGAUGCACAGGACAUCAAAACCAUACUCGUUACUCCUGGGCAAAUGGGCACAAAAAUGUUUGCAGGCCUGCAGACGCCCAACAACUUCCUGGCUCCCAUAGUCACACCCGCAGACAUCGGCAAGGACAUCAUCAGGCUAAUUGAGAAGGGCGAGAGCGGUGAGAUUGCUUUGCCUUUGUACUCGAGAUAUAUCCAUUUCCUGGGUGUUUUGCCAGUGGGCAUACAACAGGUCGUGCGCAGACUGAGUGGGCUUGAUACAGCGAUUGGCCAGGCUGGCUUGGUCAACAAGGAGAGGAGCGAGAAAAUAAUCCAACAACCGCAUCUCACACUCGGGCAUUGUGCACCAGCACCGCCUUCCACAACACCACUCACCAACGUUCACAUCUACAGCACCGCAAACAAAGACCUUCACCUAAGAGCAUCAACAUCCUACAGUCUGCCGAACCACAUGCCACAACCAUCCUCCGCCCUCCACAGCAUCGCAAGGAGAGAAAACCCCAACGUGUUAGAGGUCAAAGUACUCGCGCUGCAAUCGCUCCUGAUUCCUUUCCGAGUUGAAGAUUUGCCGGGACUCGCGGCCGUCUCUGAAAAUCUUGGAACUGUGGUUUCUCUGAAGACAUUGAAAACUGGUGUCCACUGUGGUGGCUGUAUUUUCUAG